GAAAAGCAUUGCCACCCGGCUCGAAGCAGGCAUGCAGGUAUGGCUACCUCAGUCUCAGCCGAGCAACCGGCCUCUCAAUACGUGGCCUCCAGUGUCAGUACCGUUAACAAGCGUGUCCAAUAAGUAUUACGUGAUUUCAACCCGGACAAACCAGAAAGCAACCAACCAUGGGGCUGCGCUCCCUUCUCCUCCUCUCCUUCGCCUGCCUCGCCACCAGCGACAAGCUCCACCUGGUCUUCGAAUGGAGCCAGCUAGACUACCAGUACGCCACUCCUGAGGCCAGACAGCAGGCCAUUGACUCCAAGGCAUUCAUCCCGGAGAACAAUAUACCGAUGGGUGUGGAGGUGUAUGAGGAUAGGCUGUUUGUGACGGUGCCAAGGUGGAAGCAUGGAGUGCCGUCGACGCUGAAUUACGUCAAUUUGAAAGAUAAUAGCACAAAGUCACCGAACUUAAUCCCUUACCCGAGUUGGGCAUCGCACUCUAUCGGCAGCGAUGGAAAACCUCCAGAAAUCAUCUCACCGUACCGGGUCCGAGCUGACAAGUGCGGUCGUCUCUGGGUUCUCGACAGUGGAAAGGUGGGCAGCCUCGAAACUAACUUUACCAGAUUCUCGCCUUCCAUCAUAGUCUACGACUUAAAGACCGAUAACCUUCUACGAAAGUACACGUUCCCUGCUGACCAAGUCAAACAAGAUUCUGGAUUUGCCAACAUUGCUGUGGAAGACUUCGAUUGCGAUAAAACUUUCGCAUACGCCGGAGACGUUGGCAAGGCGGGAAUCGUCGUCUACUCGUGGGAGAAGAACGAAUCGUGGAGAAUCAGCCAUCACUACUUCAACCAAGAUCCUUUGGCUUGCGAUUUCAACAUUAAAGGGUUGAACUUCACUUGGGACGACGCCAUCUUCGGCAUGGGAUUGUCGGCACCUAACUCUGACAAUUACAGCACUCUCUACUUCCAUCCAAUGGCCAGUUUUAAUGAAUUCUCGGUCUCCACUGAGAUUCUUAGAAAUAAGACUUUAGCCGAAGCUAGCUUCAAUUCCUUUAAACUUCUCGGCAGCAGAGGUCCAAAUGCUCAAUCGAGUGUGUCCUUCGUGGAUCCCAAGACGGGAGUUCUUUUCUACUCUUUAGUGAACCUUAACGCUGUGGCUUGCUGGCGAACAUCGAACAAGGAAUACACAAUGAAGAACCAGGGUAGAAUCUCUAUGAACGAUACCACCAUGAUCUAUCCUACUGACAUUAAGGUGGACAGUAAUCAGAACUUAUGGGUUCUCUCUAACAGGCUUCCGUUCUGGAUGUACGGACAAAUGAACCCUGCUGAUGUCAACUUUAGGGUAUUCACAGCUCCUGUAUUAGAAGCGAUUAGCCACACAACAUGUGACGUCACGGCGAGGUCAGAUAUUCUUGAUAAGUUUUUGGGUAACGUGAAGAAUGCUACAGCAAAGAUUGCUUCUAAGAUAAAGCCAAAUUCAGGCGCUUCGUUUGCACCUAUGUCAUUCGUUGCGUUAGUAAUGAUAAGUUUGUUCAUAUCUUCUACCGAAUAUUAAGAAACUAGUCUAUAUAACUGUUAUAGAAAGCCCAGCCUUAAUUAAUUUACUAGGAAUAGUUGAUAAUUCGUUAUAAAUUACUUUCAAUCUAGCAAUGUAUAAUGAAUUAUCAAUAAAACUUGAUAAUGUCAAUUUAUCAAUUGAGAAAUACGUUUAUGUCAGUUGAUCUGACUCGCUAAUAAGAACAUAAUUUAAUGUAACAACAACUAUAAUUAUGUGGUAUUUUGGACCACAUAUUUAUUGCUAUAUGGUAACCCUAAAAUAUAUUACGAAUCGGAUUACAAUUUGGUGAAACAGAUAUUUUGUCGCCACGACGCCAUAUUUUGCAGAUGGGUCAUUGAAAUGGUUACCGCAUUAUUUAUUACAUAAUUUAAAAUGUACGAGAAUAAUCGUAAGUAGAUGUACGUAGGUAGCAAUGAAAUCGGGUCACUUCGUUCCAAAUUUCCAUAUGAGAUGACGCUUUUUCAUUGCUUUUCAGUGUAUUUAUAUCAAAUUCUUUGGAGUGCUAGCACUAUUGAUGAUCGUCUGGUCGCAGUAAUAUUUAUAUAACGUUUAUAAAAAUAUAGAUACAGUGUAGAAAAAAUAAUGGACCCUGGAUGGAAAGUGUCUUAAAUUUUAAGUUAGCUAACCUUAAGUAAAUACUUAUACGAAACAUUUUUAUUCACUAAAAGUAAACUACCUAGUUCUGUGGAAACUAUAAUACAUAUUUAGUGGAUUCUAUUCCUCUGCUAAUACCUAAAGCAAAAAUUGGUACCGUACUUAAGCUUUCUAAAAGUAAAAUGAUGGUGCCUUCGGGUAAUUAAAAUGGCUAACGUAAGAUGCUAAGGCACUUUCCUUCCAUGUCUCAAUUUUUCUUUUAACAAAUAUAGGUAGUGAGGAUCUGAGGGUCUAUUUUUGAAUUACGACCCCACGAUAUCGCCAUUCGACUUACGUUACGGUGUAAAGCGUAGAAUGGUAGGAUAAAGUUGAAAGUCUAUUAUUAAAAACCGAGCGGUAGAAAUUUCGAAUAGCGGUAGUAUCGCUGCGGUAAUAAUCACUUGUUUAAAAUCACUACAAAUUUUGUUACACAGUUUAACAGUAUGACGGUUAUGGUUGUAUGAUUGCUGUUUAUAUUUUGUCUCUUUCUUUAGAUAUGGUACAAAAAGAGGCAAAUCAAUAUUUGGUAAAUCAAGUACUUGGUUUACAGUACGAGUACUUACCUCCAACGUAUUUAUGUGCCUUAAAUCGUGAUAUAUUGUAUUAUGUAUUAGGUUAUUUUGUUUUACAAGUGUUGUAAAUAUUUUAAAGCUGUAAAUAAAUGCCAUAAGCUUA